AUGCGUUACUCCAUCGUCUUCGCUGCCGCUGCCCUCGCUUUGGGCGCUUCUGCCGAGACCUCGUCCAUCAACUACCUCACUGAGACCAACUCUCUGGGUGUUGUGACCGGCCAGCCCGUCGCUGUCACUACUCAGCCCACUGUUGUGACUUCCCAGCCCGCGGUUGCGACUUCCCAGGAGCCUGCUGCCUCCAUCCCCGCUGGUCUCUCCUCUCCCGUUGUCACUCCCGUGACUGUCAGCGGUAGCAAGACCCUCGUCACCUCCGUCAAGUCUACUGGCACUGCCGCUACUACUGGCACCACCAAGACCAAGACCAAGACCUCCACUGAGACUACUGAGACCACUUCCACUUCCACUUCCACGUCCACGGACUCGUCCGACUCUAGCUCCUCCAGCGCCUCCAUGGCUGCUAGCUCCACCUCCACUGGCGGCGCUGCCAUGGCCACUGCUGGUCUCGGUAUGUUCGCUGGUGCUGCCCUGGCUGUUUUCGCUCUGUAA